AUGAAUAAAUUUUUAUUUACAUUAUUAAUUUUGUCAAUAUUUUUAAAUAUAAUAAAAUGUGAUCAAACUUUAUUAAUAAGAUCAAUUAAUAAAACCAUUAAUUUUUCAGAUUUUUUAGGAAUUGGUGGUGAAUUUUCAUUAUUUUCAAGUGACAUUGUAUCACAACAAUUGACAUAUAUUAAACAAUUACCAAUUGGAUGGGUUAGAAUUGGAAUUCCAUUUGACCAAUUCGAGAGUACAGAAGGAGUAUUCAAUUUGAACCGAUUCGAUCCACCAAUGAGACAAUUGAAUGCCUCAGGAUUGAAUACCAUUGUAUAUUUCACUGGUGUACCAUCAUGGUUUAAUACAGUUGGACCUACACCAACACCAACACCAUUAGAUCCUUCAACGGUACCAUCAACAAUUGAACAACAAACUCAAUUUGCUCAAACUUUACUAAAUUUAGCAAAGAAUUAUACAUUUGUAAAGUAUUGGCAAGUUUGGGAUAAAAUGAAUGAUAUUCCAACAGGUGCACAAUCAUAUGAUCCUCAAAAUUAUUUAGAUUUAUAUCAAGAAGUUUUAACAGUAUUCAAAUCAGAGGGUUUACAAAAUAAAUUAUCAAUUGGUUCUGUACUAAAUUAUGGUGAAUCGACAGCACCUGGCUCAAAUGCAAAUUUCAUUACAGAUUUACUAAGUGAGGAUGGUGCAGGUCCAAACAUUCUCACCACAAUCUCAACAUCAUCAUUCCAACCUUACACCACUUACCCAGAAGGUAAUGAUUUAUCAGAUAUCUCCAGUGACAAUAGUAAUUACAUACUCUCAAAUAAUCUUGUCAAUAAAUUAAAAUCAUCUCCAACCUCCUCCUCCCUAGUUUUCUCAAGUGAGUGGGGUUGGUCAUCUGAUGCUUCAUUAGGUGGUGAGGUACAACAAGCCAAUAACACCAUCAAGCGUUUACUCUUGGAUACUGUAAAUGGUGUUGACAAAUCCUUCCUUUACACAAUCAGUGAUUUAGAUACAAAUAGUAAUAUCACAACAGCAUCUGAUCGUUUAUUUGGUAUUGUAAAUUUACAAUUGGGUAAGAAAUUAGUUUAUCGUGUAUUAGAAAGACUAUUCCAAAUUAUUGGUACUCAACUAGUCCCACCAACUGAAUUAAAUGCUAUUAGUACGACUGGUGUUCAACCUGGUAUGGUUAUACUAUUAUUUAAAAAACCAACUACCAAUACCUUCCUCAUUGUAUUCUACAAGAACUAUUUAUCACCCGCCAAUGGUGGUCCAAACGACCCAUACACAAAUGUCUCCACAGUCACACUAUUUGGUGCAAUUCCAAAUGGUGGAAAUAAAGAAAACGUUGGUUAUCUCUACACCCCAAUCAAUGUAAACCAAUCUCCAUCAACUGCAUCCGCAUAUCAAGUAAUCUCAUACAAUAAAGAUGGUUCAUUUUAUUUACCAGUUUCUCAUGAUUUAUCAAUUUUAGAAUUCCCAUUACCACCACCAAAAAAUAAUUCAGACUCAUCAAGUGAUCAAGAUUCAAAUUCUUUAAAAUUAUCACCACAAUUUUCAAUUUUAAUAAUUUUUACAUUAUCUUUAAUUUUUCAAUUUAUUUUUUAA